GCAAGAGACAGAAAGGUUAGGUGGAUUUCAUGGUGUGAAAAACCACACACAAGUCACUGUACAGCAUUUGGGAACAAUCACAGGCAGCGAGUGGUAGCCUUGUUUCUCAGCGUGGGAAACUACCCUUGGUGUUUGUGGGCUGGGUUUUUGUUUUGUGUUGCGUCUUUGGUCAGGUUCUGGAGAAGUGCUGGUGCUACUACGCAGGCGGCAAGUGCUCUCCAGGAACUGAGGAGUUCCCCCCCCCUGAGGUCGGGCUUUCAGAGCCGCCGCAGCAGCAGCAGUAGUAGCGGUGCUGGUAACGGCGGUAUCAUCUGCCACGAAAGAAGCAGGAUUUCUUUUUUUUUUUUCCAAGAAGCAGUUCUGGUCAGGUGGAUUCCAGAUUGGUGGCUCAGCACCCAGAGACUGAGUGGAGAAAACCCUGAAAGUGAGUGAGUGAGCAAGAGAGAGAGAUCCACUGAGGAAAAUAGAAGAACCAAUAGAAAAGGACAUAGUUGGUGUAUAUAGAGUGCAAAAGACAAAAGAAGCUGAGCACUCCAUCCUGUCUGUGUGCCGGCAUGUGGUUUGGUGUCACUGCUGCUGCAGGUGCACUUUGACCCUCGGAGUGUCAUUGUGACUCAUGACUCGGCAGAGUGCCUGAAAGGAGUCAGCUUUGCAGAAACACAUCCUGAGCUCAGUGGCAGGAAAACUCUUCUGCGGACAUGUGAAAAGUUGCUGCAAAGCCGGCAACCAGUUGAGCUAACUAAAACACUCCCAUCUUUAACGUCUCCAGCAAGAUUGCUCCUCAUUCGCUGUUUGCCCGUUUGCCCCUGUGCUUAUGGAAGUGGAAUGUGAUUUAUGAGGAUUGUGCAGAAAGGGAAAACACAUUUCUUGGGUGGCGACAGACAAGGUUGCAGGAAAGCUGAGUUCUACUCUCUCAUGGGUGCGGAACUCAGUGUCUCACACGGUCAGUCAGAUGGCUAGCCAGGUGGCCACGCCCUCAUCUCUGCCCGCCCCUUCAACCAUCUCUGCCCCGCCCCUCGGAUCUUCUUCCUCAUCUACACCGUUGUCGUCGCCGGCGUUGACGCCUGCCACGCCAGCCCUUAGUCCCGACGAGGUGGAGCUGCUAGCCAAACUCGAGGAGCAGAACAGGUUGUUGGAGACGGACAGUAAGUCCCUGCGCUCUGUGAAUGGCUCACGGAGGAACAGUGGCUCUUCGCUGGUGUCCAGCUCCUCAGCCUCCUCAAACCUGUCCCACUUGGAGGAGGAUUCAUGGAUCCUGUGGGGACGCAUCGUCAACGACUGGGAAGAGAUCCGCAAGAAGAAGGAGAAACAGCUGAAAGACCUGGUGCGUAAAGGCAUCCCUCACCACUUCCGGGCCAUCGUGUGGCAGCUGCUGUGCAGUGCCCAGAAUAUGCCCAUAAAGGACCAGUACUCGGAGCUGCUGAAGAUGUCGUCGCCCUGCGAGAAGCUGAUCCGCCGCGACAUCGCCCGCACCUACCCCGAGCACCAGUUCUUUAAGGAGAAGGACAGCCUGGGCCAGGAGGUCCUCUUCAACGUCAUGAAGGCGUACUCUCUGGUGGACCGUGAGGUGGGCUACUGCCAAGGCAGCGCAUUCAUCGUGGGUCUGCUGCUCAUGCAGAUGCCAGAGGAGGAGGCCUUCUGUGUGUUUGUGAAGCUGAUGCAGGACUACAGGUUGAGGGAGCUCUUCAAGCCCAGCAUGGCAGAGCUGGGCCUCUGCAUGUACCAGUUUGAGUGCAUGAUCCAAGAGCACCUGCCAGAGCUCCAUGUGCACUUCCAGGCUCAGAGCUUCCACACCUCCAUGUACGCCUCCUCCUGGUUCCUCACCAUCUUCCUCACCUCCUUCCCCCUGCCUGUCGCCACCAGGAUAUUCGAUAUCUUCAUGUGCGAGGGUCUGGAGAUUGUGUUCCGUGUGGGUCUGGCUAUCCUGCAGAUGAACCAGGCUGAACUCAUCCAGCUGGAUAUGGAGGGAAUGUUACAGCACUUUCAGAAGGUCAUUCCCCAUCAGCUGGAGAGUGGCCCUGACAAAGUCAUCCAAGCUGCUUACCAAGUCAAGUACAACGCCAAGAAAAUGAAGAAGUUGGAGAAAGAGUACACUACCAUCAAAACCAAGGAGAUGGAGGAACAGGUGGAGAUCAAGAGGUUGCGAACAGAGAACCGGCUCCUGAAGCAGAGGAUCGACACGCUGGAGAAGGAAAGCGCUUCCUUGGCAGAUAGAUUGAUCCAGGGGCAGGUGACUCGAGCGCAAGAGGCAGAGGAGAACUACCUGGUCAAGCGGGAGCUGGCCACGGUCAAACAGCAGAGCGAGGAUGCCAACGCUCAGCUGGAGCAGGCCCACAACACGAUCCGCCAGCUCCAGCAGCUCCAUCAGCAGCAAGGGAAGGGGAACUGUCGUUACUCGGAGGACUUCAUCCUGCAGCUGGAGAAGGAACUAGUUCAGGCCCGGCUCAAGGAGGCCGAGUCUCAGUGCGCCCUCAAGGAGAUGCAGGACAAGAUCCUGGACAUAGAGAGGAGGAACACGUCAUUGCCGGAGGAAAAUAACGUGGUGCAGCUGCAGGAGGAGCUCAUCGGGGUGAAACUGAGGGAGGCGGAGGCCCUGACUGGACUCAAGGAGCUCAGACAGCAGGUCCGAGACCUGGAGGACCACUGGCAGAGGCACUUGGCGCGGACGGCAGGCCGAUGGAAGGACAGCCCGAGGAAAAACACGGUGAGCGAGCUCCAGGACGAGCUGAUGAGCGUGCGGCUGAGGGAAGCCGAGGCCCAGGCCGAGCUCCGAGAGACACGCCAGAGGAUGCUAGAAUUGGAGACUCAGAACCAGAUCCAUAGCAACCAGCUGCGGCGAGCCGAGAUGGAGUCCCGGAACGUCCAGGAGCGCCUCCAGACCGUGACUGGCCAGAACAAGGAGCUGCACUCCCAGAUGCAGGUCGUCAAGCGCAAGCUGGCCGAGAUCGAGUGUAAGAAUAAAGAAGAGGUGAUGGCUGUGAGGUUGCGAGAGGCGGACAACAUCGCGGCCAUGGCUGAGCUCCAGCAGCACAUCUCUGAACUGGAGAUUCAGAAAGAGGAGGGGAAGGUGCAAGGACACCUGAACAACACAGACUCAAACCAGUACAUCCGUGACCUGAAGGACCAGAUUGCAGAGCUGAAACAUGAGGUACGGUGUUUGAAAGGCCAGAGGGGUUUGCCCAACCAGCCCAGUUUUGACGGCAUCCACAUUGUGAAUCACUACGGCGACACCGAGUCCUAUCACUCCUCAGAUGACGACGGCCUGGCCAAGCUGUCGACCCCACAGCACAGUGGCGAUGGCGACACCAGUGGUGGCAAAGGAAGGCGCAUCACGCUGCAUGCCGACCUGGGGGACACAGAUAGCGACGAGGACGGGGAGGCCUUGCGCCUCCAAGUCCCCACAAACGGCAGCCAUAAGACCACCACAGUGUGAUUUUUACACCCCCACCACACCUCAGCCCUCCCCAGCUCAGUGCCCAUCUCCUCCUGCCCCCCACCAUCUAUUUAUCUAUCAGAUGAUCACUACCACAUGACAGACGACCUCGGCUCAGACUC